AUGCGUGCAUUAUCAUCAUAUAGGUUACAUGUGGCUGUCUCACUGUUUUGUUCCUUGGCAACCACAGAACUGAUGUCUAGUUCAAAUCCUCCUUAUGUGUUUCGUCGACUACUUCUGUUGCUGGUCUGGCUGAUUAAUCUUCCAGAAUCGACUGCAGACGAAAACAGCGAUCCCGCGGGGCAUUUAUCUGGUGUAAAGGAAGGCAUUCCUGGAAUUGAUGCAUCCUUUGACUACCUUGUGGUAGGUGGUGGUAAUGCUGGAGUGACUCUAGCAGCGCGUCUAGCUGAACAAAUAUUCACCGUGGCCUUGGUAGAAGCUGAGGACUUCUAUGAGACCAAGUAUCCACUAGCGAAGGAGAAAGCCAAAUGUGUAGCAGGAUCGACGGCAAGCAACUAUAUGAUAUACCAUAGAACUAAGCCGACUAUAGGUUCGAUGAUGCGGUGGGCUGAUCUCGUCGAUGGAGGAAAGCCGAUCAACUUUACUGCGCCCAACGACGAGCUGCGUCCUGCAAACGCCACUGUGAGAUAUCGAGAAGAGGCAUAUGAUAAAAACAGCUGGCCUGUCGAAUUGACUUAUCCUGAUUCUGUCUCGUCUUUUCCUAGCUGGCUCAAGCUUGGAUUAGAAUCGGGGGGCGUUGGAGAAACAGUUGAGUUUAAAAGUGGGUCGUUGUCAGGUUCCUUUUAUUGUCCGUUGACUAUGCGACUAGCCGAUCAAACCAGAAGCAGCUCGGAAUCGGCAUUUUUUAGGUCACUGCCAUCCUCAGUCUACCUACAAUCUCUGACGUUAUACAAGAACACAAUGGGCAAACGGAUAUUAUUUGAUCAAAAGCGAGCAACAGGAGUUGUGGUUUCCACCACUGGUUCUAAGUAUGAACUGAGCGCGACGCACGAGGUCGUCAUAUCGUCAGGUGCUUUCCAGAGCCCUCAGCUACUCAUGGUAUCAGGGAUUGGUCCUACUGUUAUACUCCAAGAGCAUGGGAUAGUUGUUGUUGUUGUGGGUCUACCAGGGGUCGGUCAAAAUUUGUGGGACCAGGUCUUCUUUGGACCAACAUAUCAGGUGGAUGUAGAGACAUUUAAUAAACAGGUUCACGGACAUCUCGUACGUGUAUGUCGCCGCACCGCUUUCGUUGGUAAUUUCUCCGACCCCAUUACUAUGCAACCAAAGGAUGGAAAGCAAUACGCCAGCAACAUGCCGGUGCUUAUGACACCGACGUUGUGUGGGAACGUCUCCAUGAUCUCAGCUGAUACGAACGAUCUUCCAGUAAUUCACGUUAACUGGCUUACUACGGAGACAGACCAGCAAGUAGUGAUUGCAGCAUUCAAGAGGACAUGUGACAUCUUCCAUAGUGAAGCCAUGACACCCAUUGUUAUCGGAGAUGAAUACUUCCCAGGGGAAGAGGAUCAGAUUGAUAGUCAGAUCCUUGGCAUCAUCCGGGAUAUAGCCAUGGCUCCAUGGCAUGCUUCCGGUACAUGCAAGAUGGGGACUCGCUCUAAUCGCCUGGCGGCCCUCGAUACCCGAGCCAGGGUGACUGGAAUCGAAGGACUGAGGGUGGUAGAUGCCAGCGCAUUUUCGUUUCUUCCCCUGGCCAUCCCCAAGCGGUUGUCUAUAGAUGGUGAUUGCAAAAUGGGCUCACCAAUGACAGCCCCCAACCACAUCCCGGCUAUCCUGCAAAGUGAGCAUGGAGCCACCGAGUAG